AUGGAGAACUUCUCACUCCUUAGCAUCUCUGGACCUCGAAUCUCUUCCUCUGCCCGGAGCACUUUUCCUGACAUUUUGUCCUCAUGUUCCACCAGCUUGCCAGACAUUGCAAAGACAGUGGUACCCAAGGAGGCUGCCAAUCCAGCACAGUCCUUGCCACCCCAGUACCAAAGAAGCACUCUCCGGCAUGGGGUACAUAGCAGAGUGCCCUUCCCAGACUGCAUGCCAGGGGACACCCCAAACGGAAAGCAGUUGAGGCGCAACUGCAUCAUCUACCGACCCUGGUUCUCCCCAUACAGCUACUUUGUGUGCCUGGACAAAGAGAGCCACCUGGAGGCCUGCAGCCUCCCAGAAGUGGAACAGGACGGGUGUGGAGGGGAUAGCAGCCUUCUUGAGGAUGUGGCUGAGAGUGUCUGCUCCUCCUCUUCCUCCCCAGAGAACACAUGUCCCCUGGAGGCCACCAGAAAAGCCAGGCAGAGCCUGGACUCCAUAGAUUACAUCACAUCCCAGGACAUCCUAGUGGCCUCUAAGUGGUACCCAGCCCAGCAGAAUGGCUACAAAUGUGCAGCCUGUUGUCGCAUGUACCCUACUCUGCAGUCUCUCAAACGCCACAUCAGGUGGGGGUUCAAGGAGGGCUUCAGCUGCAGGGUAUAUUACCGCAAGCUCAAAGUCCUCUGGAGCAGGGAGCAGAAGGCUCGGCCUGCAGACAGGCUUUCUUCAGGCAUCCGCCAGGCCUUCAAGUAG